AUGGCCUUUAAGUUCGUUUGCUUGGGCCACAAUGGCAUCCCGCGCUGGGAAGAGAACCGACCCAACCGGUUUUGGACCUCCGAGGCCAGGGAGGCAUCUUACCUCUUUGACCUGCCCUCGCCACGGAAGGGGAAGGAGGACAAUGAUGAGCUGGAGGUGCUUUGGGGGAACAAUUGGCUCGUGGAAAUCGAUCCCCUGGAAUUCCCAGGAGCUAUCUUCCACGCCUUCAACUGGAAGUUUGCUGAUGUGCAGAGGAAGGCCACCACCAUCGCGAAGCUGGGCUUCGAUGCGGUGCAGCUGAGCCCGGCGCAGCGGUCCGUGCAAGGCGAUCAAUGGUGGACACGAUAUCAGCCAGUGAAGUAUGAAGAUAUCGAUGGGCUUGGCUCAGAGCAGGACCUCCGAAACUGCUGUAAAGCUUGCGAGAAUGCGGGUCUUUUGGUCUUUGGAGAUUUGGUCUUUAACCACAUGCAGGUGGUGGCGAGCUGUGAGGAAUGGAGGAAAGCCCAGCAGGAUGAUGGCUUGAUGGAGAUCCUGCAACGUCGGCUCUCACAGAAGUUGGGGCCUACCUUCAACAGGGACGACUUCCAAUGGCCUUGGUAUCCCUUGGAGGGUGAUGACUGGGACGGGGAGCAGCGCAUGGAGGGCUGGGGCUGUGGCGAAUGGUCUGAGCUCAAGGGCGGUGCGCCCAAAGUGGUGUCAGUCCAUAACGCUCAUGUUGCCAAGCUGAAGAGCUGUGGCGUCUCCGGUUUCCGCUUCGACGCUGCUAAGCACAUGAGGCCCGAACACAUCGCCAAUUACGUGGACAAAGCAGAUGUUUAUGCCUAUGGAGAGGUGCUGAGCAUCGACCCAAAGAUGCAGCGGGAGUACACUGAAGGAGUGUCCCUGACCACGGGCGAGCAGUUCCCCACCACCGACUUCUUGCUUGCGGUCUGGCUGCGGAAGUUCGUGGAGGUGGGUCCCGCUGCAGUGGAUUUUGAGCAUCAUGAGUGGGUGAAACACUUGCGCGAGAUUGAGAUGAAGCGGCCCUCCGACUUGCCCCAGCGUGCGGGCACGGUCGAGCAGGGGCGGAUGUCCGCGCCCAUCCUGGCGCGGAACUCCAUCCGCUUCGCGCGGAACCACGACACUGUUUGUAAUGAUGUGCCGUUCUACGGCUUGACCAAUUGGAGCCAGGCCUCGGCCCAAGUGGCGGCGGCCUGGCUGUUGGCGACCCAUGAUGGCUCGGUGCUGUUGUUGGCGGACGAUGUGAAGAAGUCUCGGAUGAUCAAGGAAGCCCUUGCAUACCGCAAGGCGCUCCGGAAGUUCAUCGAGUCUUUGAGCCAAGAGCAACGGCAGACGAUCCGCACCGAAGUGAGGGUGAAAGAGGCGGAGGAUGGCGGCCGACCCUUGACCAUUUGCAUCGCGGUGCGCGUGGAUGCAGGUGGACCGGACGGUGCGGAGAUCAACGGCGGGGCCUUGCUGGGCUUUUGCGUGUUGAAUCCCCAUCCGACAGGAUGUGUCGAGUUCACCGGAUCAGUGUCCUUGCAACAAGAAGGAGCCCUUGAUCGAACCAUCGCCACCGGGGAGCAGAAGGUGGUGCUCCACGGGGAUGGCACCUUGCACGAGCCCUUGAAGUUGGCACCUUAUGAAGGUGCCUUCUUCCUGGCAGGCCUUUGA